AUGAAGACCUUCCCGCUGUCCGGGGACAGCACCAUCUCCAUCGCCCUCUUCUCCGACGUCUCCAACAGCCGGGAGCUCCUGGACUUGAUGCAGUCAGGGAAGCUGGAGCCGGAGGUCGCUUUCCUCAGUGCAUCAUUGGUGCCGGAUGUGUUCCCUGUCCUCGCGGCAGCGCUUAAGGCGCUGUUGUCGAAGACGAGGGAGUCACUGACCACAAGGACUCUGCACUCUGAGCUCGUCUACAACUACUCGGGGUCCAAACAUGUGAUUGAUCUAACUACUCUUGAUACUUUUGCAUUAUUAUGA